AUGGCAGACACAUGCAAGUAUUCGCCAAAAACUAUCAUUAUUCAUCAAGGAUCAACAGUUUUACAUAUUGGAUUAGCAACGGAUUCAGAGCCUAAAGUUUUACUCAAUUGUAUUGCUCGUAAAUCAAGCAGAGGAUGUCCGGGUAAAAUUGCUGAACGCAUUAAGCCCAAGUGCCCUAUUUCGUUCGAUUUCGAAAUAAAUGAAGAAAUUUUGCACUGCCUUAAAUCAUUCGAUGGUGCUGAUCAUGUUGUCUUAAAAGACGAACUUCAUGACAUUUUGAUUCAAAGUUCUUGCAAACCAUGUUCUAAUUCAGAGUCUCAGUUUGUUCCUUUCGUUGAAGGUUUUAAGAUAUGUGAUGGGGAUACAUAUGAAUUGCAGUGGCCGAUUUUAUCUGGACACCUAAAUAACAAGUUUACAAUUACUGAAAAUGGCCAGAGCUUGGCGGACAUGUGGUCGCAUGCCCUAACGGAAUACUUUAAAAUUCCGCAUGAUCGAUUCCCCAAAUAUUCAGUUUUGCUUGCAAUUGAAGACAUCUUUGUUAGAAGAGAAGUUCGUUACAUCAUAGAUAAGCUCAUGAGGGAUUUGAAAUUCUCUCGAUUCAUGGUUCUUCCUACAAGCUACUUGCAUAUGGGUGGCACUGGUAGUCUUUCGAACUGCUGCAUCGUCGAUUUGGGUUUUCAUAAAACUACAAUUUCGUGCCUCGCUAAUGGCAUAUCUCUACUCGACGUUCGUGUCAACCUACCAUGCGGUGGCAUUGAUAGUCUUGAAGUUCUUCGCGCUGCUUUGGAAUAUUAUUCUCGAAAAAAUUCCGAGUUAUCGGAACUACUUACAAAGUAUAAUCCCGGUUCAUACAAUGAUACUUUACAACUUCUCUCCGCAAUGCACGCUGCUGAUUCCGAUAUGGCCAUGCGACUUGCAACAGACUCUCUCGAUGCAGUCCUUUCUCGGGAUAUCGUUGUCGCUCUUGAUUCAGGAUGCACUCUAACUCUGCCAGCCUUGGCAGUUGUUAAAGCGCAUUUAUCUCCUUUCUUUCCUGUGCAAACCGGUGCUGAAGGUUCUUUAACUCAUUCUCUUAAGCCCCAAUACCAAGUACACCCGAUCGAUGCCCAUGAGCCCGAUGAUCCCCUUGACGACUGUUGCUCUAGGAAACGCAAAUUCCCGUUCGAUGAUGAGAACGAAGAAUCAGCUCUACCAAAGUCUACAUCAUCAUCAAAAUUUUCGAAACCCUCAGAAUUCAAGGAUCUGACGGAGGCAAUAGCAUGGUCAAUUCGGAAUGCCACUGUCACGACCGCUCCUCCAGACACGUUAGAAACUGAAGCAGCACAACAGCAGCAGCCAACAGCGGGCGGUAUUUCAGCAGAGCAACCGUCAGCGGCGACAGUCACGAGGAAUGAACAACUUCGUCAAAAAAUUGCCUCCUGCAUUAUUUUAGUUGGCGGUGGCGCGGAGGGCAUUAGUGGACUUCUUCUUAGACGUGUCCUCACUCACAAAUUGCAGUGUCUCUUGGGUGAAGAUUUUCAUGUGAACAUUUUCACUAGACCACAAUCUAUUCCCGACUCCGCUUGGCAGGGUGCUCGGAUUGCGGCCUCGGCGGAUUUCGCUUCUGAUUUGUGGAUUAGUAAGAAGGAAUGGGAGCAAUUAGGCUCUAGAACCCUUCGAGAAAAAGGAGCAUUUCUUUGGUAG